CCGUGACGCCGUCGCGCUCGUCAGUUUCCUCCGAUCCGUAACCUCGUCUACUGCUACUCUCGGACGGAUCACGUGUCGUUGCGCUAUUCUUAAAAAAGCUCAGAAUUUUAUGAAAAGUCCGGUCCCGGAUUUAAAAAAAAAACAUGUUGACUUCUGUUCCUGAGAAGAUCUCUUUCUCGGAGGAGGAAGAGCGCAUCCUCGAAUACUGGAAAUCGAUCGACGCUUUCCAAGAGUGCCAGAGACUUUCCAAAGGGCGACCAGAAUAUUCUUUUUACGAUGGGCCCCCAUUUGCCACUGGUCUUCCUCAUUAUGGACAUAUUCUAGCUGGAACAAUAAAGGAUGUUGUGACACGAUACGCUUACCAAAAUGGAUACCAUGUUGAAAGAAGAUUUGGUUGGGAUUGUCAUGGAUUGCCAGUGGAGUUUGAAAUUGAUAAAACUUUUAACUUCAAAUCACCAGAAGACAUCGAAAAAUUUGGUGUCGCUAAUUAUAAUAAGGAGUGCAGGCAAAUUGUAAUGAGAUAUUCCAAGGAAUGGGAAAAGAUCGUCAAUCGUAUUGGCCGUUGGAUUGAUUUCAAAAAUGACUACAAAACCCUCUAUCCUUCAUUUAUGGAAAGUGUAUGGUGGGUGUUUUCGGAAUUGUGGAACAAAGGAAUGGUUUAUAGAGGUGUGAAAGUAAUGCCUUUUUCUACAGCAUGCCACACUCCACUAUCAAAUUUUGAAUCGAGCCAAAAUUACAAGGACGUAAUUGAUCCAGCCAUCGUGCCAAAAUUCCAACUUAAGAAGGAUCCUAAUUGUUUCCUGUUAGCUUGGACAACCACGCCUUGGACUCUGCCCAGUAAUUUAGCAAUAUGCGUACACCCUGAGUUUAUUUAUGUAAAAUUAAGAGAAACAAAAAGCAAUAUGCAUGUUAUACUUUUGAAGGCAAGGAUGCCUGAUUUUUUCAAGCAAGUCGAUAAAAAUACGUUUACAAGGCAAAAUGAAGAAUAUGAAAUAGUUGACACAUUUGUUGGGUCUAAGCUCAAAGGAGAGGAAUAUAUGCCGUUAUUUAAUUACUUUGCCCAUUUGAAACAAUGUUUCCGUGUCUUGACAGACACCUAUGUCACAGAAGAAUCAGGUACUGGUGUCGUUCACAUGGCUCCUUAUUUUGGUGAAGAUGACAACAGAAUUUGCUUGAACAAUAAGCUUAUAACAAGGGACCAAGAUCCAAUAUGCCCUGUGGACAAUAGCGGGAGAUUUGUCCAUCCAGUCAAGGACUUUGAAAACAUGUACAUAAAGGAUGCUGACAAAGAGAUAAUUAAAAACUUAAAAGAGAGGAAUUUGGUGUUUGACUUAUCGACAGUUACUCACAGUUAUCCAUUUUGUUGGAGGUCAGAAACUCCACUUGUUUAUAAGGCAGUUCCUUCCUGGUUUAUUAGAGUUCAUGAUAUGAGCAGUGCAUUGCUAAAAACCAACAAUGAUACAUAUUGGGUUCCAGAAUUUGUUAAGGAAAAGAGAUUUGCUAACUGGCUGAAAGAAGCCCGUGACUGGGCAGUUAGCCGUAAUAGAUAUUGGGGAACUCCUAUUCCAUUGUGGGUUUCUGAUGAUUUUGAAGAAAUUGUCUGUAUCUCAAGCAUAAAGGAACUUGAAGCUGCAACAGGGAAAAAAUUCAUUGAUAUUCAUAGAGAAUAUGUGGAUGAAGUCACAAUUCCGUCUGCAAGACCAGGAAAACCUCCACUUCGAAGGGUGCCAGAAGUGUUUGAUUGUUGGUUUGAAUCUGGAUCUAUGCCAUAUGCUCAAAUCCAUUACCCUUUUGAAAACAAAGCCGAAUUCAAUAAAAAAUUCCCUGCUGAUUUCAUUGCAGAAGGAAUAGAUCAAACCAGAGGAUGGUUUUACACACUGUUAGUAAUAUCUACAGCUCUUUUUAACAAACCUCCUUUCAAAAAUCUUAUCGUAAAUGGACUUGUGCUCGCUUCUGAUGGUCAAAAGAUGUCAAAGAGCAAAAAGAAUUUUCCAAAUCCCGAAGAUGUUGUGAAUAAAUUCGGUGCUGAUGCAAUCAGAUUGUAUCUCAUAAAUUCUCCAGUCGUUAGAGCUGAUAAGCUUAAAUUCAAGGAAGAAGGCGUAAAAGAUGUUUUGAAAGAUGUUUGCUUACCUUGGUAUAAUGCCUACCGAUUUUUCAUACAGAACGUCCAAAGGCUAGAAGUUGAGGAAAAAGUGAAGCUUACUUUCCAAGAGGAUGUAUUUGUCCCUUCUAACCUUAUGGAUAAGUGGAUUUUGUCAUAUGCCCAAUCUUUAAAUGUGUUUGUUAGAAAAGAAAUGGCAGCAUAUAGACUUUACACUGUAGUACCGAGGUUGGUAAAGUUCAUUGAGAAUCUUUGCAACUGGUAUGUAAGAAUGAAUCGGCGAAGGCUAAAGGGUGAUACUGGUUUGGAAGAUUGCAAGAACGCACUCAGCACACUUGGAUCAGUAUUAACUAAUAUGAUAAGGCUUAUGUCUCCUUACACACCAUUCUUAACAGAAUUAAUGUACAAGAAUUUGAGACAUCUUACAGGAAGAAAUGAAAAAAGUGUCCACUUCAUCUUAAUGCCUCAACCAAGGAGUGAUUUAAUUAAUACAGAAAUUGAAAGAGCUGUUUCUAACAUGCAAACAGUUAUAGAUUUGGGCAGAGUUAGCAGAGAUCGUAAAACGAUACCUAUUAAGAAUCCUCUAAGAGAAGUAAUAGUUAUAUUAAAUAACAAAGAUACCUUCAAUGAAAUGGUUCCAUUUACAAAUUACAUAGAGGAAGAAUUAAAUGUUAAGAAAGUUACCUUAUCGGUCGAUAAAGAACAAUAUGGUGUCUCUUUUAAAGCUGAUGCCGAUUUUAAAACGUUAGGCCCUCGUCUAAAAGGCGAUUUUAAGAAAGUAUUAGAAAUUAUCAAGCAUUUAAGUGAUGCUGAAAUCCAAGGCCUGAAAUCAAAAGGUUCUAUAACAAUAGAGGGCCAUACUUUAACUGAAGAUGAUUUAAAAAUAAAGCUGGAUUUCAGUGGAAACAACGCGACUGAAUUGUCUCAACGAUACGAAGUUAAUUUACAAGAUGAUGUUUUAGUCCUCUUAGAUGUUUCAAUGGACAAAGAAUUGCAAGCCGAAGGAACAGCUAGAGAGAUAAUUAACCGAGUACAAAAGCUGAGAAAGCAGGCCCAUUUGGUACCGACCGAUGUUAUAAAAGUGUAUUACAGUGUUAAUCCAGAGAUGUGCACACUAGCUGAAACAGCAAAGAGCUACACAAGCUUCAUUGAAAACGGUCUAAAAGUGCCGUUUAUUGCUGGUACUCCGAACGAGAAAGAAAAUAUUAUAAUCAAAGACACUCAACAGUUGAAAGGUGUUGAGAAAGGAUUUGAACUCACACUGACCAUAACAGGUGAUAUGAUAAAUAACAGAAAUCCAGAUUGUGGAAAUGUUCCUUUCUGCCGGUAUGCUAAUCUUCUAUUAGUCGAAACUGAACCAGGAUUUGGAGUUUCUUCAUCAAACUCAUCUCUAGUGUUAGAAAAUCCUAAAGGACAAAACGUCUUAAACUUAAAGCAAUUGAAAGAACAGGUCAAAAUGCUCUUUGCUUUGGACAAUGACGUUCAUCUUUAUACAGCGCAAGGAGAACUCACGGAGGAAAAGCUUAGUAAAAUAAAUGGUGAAACAAUAGUAGCGGCUACAAAUAAAUUGACAAAACCACAUACAAAUUUGCCAGCAUCUAAGACGCCAAUACUAUCAAAGUUUGUCAAUGUAAGCUGUGGUUCGACCCAAGCGACCAUUUUGGUUAAGAAGGAAACUUCAGAGGUCGAUACGAGGAAGCGUGCUUCACAUUUACUCAAAUGUGAUACUGCUGAUGUUACUAUAUACUAACUUCAUUCAAUCUGAAUUUAAAAAAAAUCUCUUCUACUUGUGAUAAAUUUAAUUUAUAUCCCUUAUUUAUUGAACUUUAACUAACUUGGUACAAUGUUAGUAGAAACAUUUUCUUUUCUUUCUUUUUAUAUAUAUAUAGUACAUAAUUUAAUUUUGUUCUGUUUUAUUUGGAAAAAAUCACAGUAGCUGUAAAACAUUUAAUGUUUUAUUAACAAAGCACUUAUUUAAAUAUUUAUAAGGCACCCUUUUUAAAAGGAAUCUGUAAUGUUCGCAAAUACAAUUCAUUUCACUCA